GUUAGUGGCGCAAAAGAGUUACUUGGCGGUUACAAUCCUCUUGUCUGGAAAGCUAAUGAAUCUAGAACCAAUGGUUCUGCGCGAACAUCUGACAGUUUCAUUUUCUCCUUACAAAGUAAUGAUAGCCCAGGGUUUGGUAGUGGAGAUCUUAGAAUGGGUAAUGAUAGAAAUACUUCACUAUGGCAUUGUAAAUCAAAAUAUCAAUGA